AUGUCAUCUUCGGAUACUGGAGUAUCAGACACGCUGGAUCCUAUGGCGAUAGUCUCGGACGACGAGAUUCUAUCUGAGAGCGAGGUUUAUACGUCGGAUACUACGAGCACUGAUGAGGAUGACUUCCAGCCUUUUACGCAACCAAACUUUGGGGAUAAUAUGCCUCUAGCUGAUGGUCCUUUCGUCGGGGAUCUACCUCUUAUUCAGGUCCCUGCUCCUCUCCCACUCGCUGCAGUUCCUAUCGAGGAUCUGCCUCAUGACGAGUUAGCUGACGAUGACAUCGACUUAUUCAUUGAGGGUCCCCCGGAGGGUGACCAGGAUGGUGUGGCCCUUAUGGAUGACGAUGUCCCUCUUGCUGAUGUUCCCGUUGCUCACCCUGUUGUUCCUGUCAAGGCUCCUGUUGAGGAGGCCUUAUCCGAUCCGUCUGGUCCAGACUUGUUUGAGUCUGUAGCGUCCGCUUCACUUCACGCCCCGGGCGUGCAGCACUACUCCUCCGACUCUGACUCGGACAUGGCGAUGUCUAUUGCGCCCAUCGUUCCCCAUGACGUCGACCCAGAUCCUGAGGUCGAGUUUGCACCUGCUGAGCCUGUUCCAGUUGGCCCAGAGCCUGUCAUUGCUCAUGACCCUAUUGAUAUCCCAGCUGGUGCACUUUUGCUUGAUCCUUUACCAGAGCCUGAUCACGUUGAUAUACCAGUCUUGGCACCACCCAUUGUUGAUGCGCCAGUUGCCAUACCACCGGUUUCUGAUGUCCCUAUUUUUUACGCACCACUGCCUGAUCCUGUGUCGGUGUUUGUUGACCGUGCACCUUUUGCCACACAUGUCGAUCCGAGAUAUGCUGACACCUGUAAUGGGUGGAUCGAGGACGACGAUUAUCCAUCUUUUGUUGUACCAGUCAAGCCCCCUGUUGCACCUGCUUUUGCACCGCCUGAGGUUCCCCAGUAUCAUCCGCACAUAUCUUAUGUCCACCGCACGGACUUACCCAUCACCUUUCUACAGGAUAUCCCUCCUCCCCGUCCAGGGGAAGGACCUUCCACACAGCGGCCCGAUCAUAUGCCCCAUUCGACAGCAGCUUUUUCAUUUAUGCCCUCUUUUACACCUGCCCCACGCACUACUUUUCCUACUUCAGCACCUAUGGGCGAGCCAUUUUUGUGGUCAUCGCCCAAUGUUAUGCCUCUGUCAGACCCAUAUCACCCGUUUCAUGUCGGAUAUACCACAGAUGACAUACUUAUAUCCCUGCAGUUACAGCAGGACGCUUUGAGCCGUCGAGUCCAGGAGCUGGAGAGGACUCCGCGUCCUCCCCCUUGUCAUUGUCAGUCUCCUUUUGCUACACCACCAGCUCCUCUUCCACUACCCCCUGAUUCUGAUGUUCGCUUCUUUACUCCUGAGCAGCAGAUUGCUUACCUGCUGCGCGUUAUCCAUGCACUUGAGGAGGAUUGGGUGCGUUUGCACCGUUUGAUUUUCUUCCCUCCUCCUCCUCCUCCUCCUCCCGCAUCAGCAUGA